AUGACAUUGGGCUUCACAGAGGAUGACAGCAGCGCCUUCCUGUCCCUAGCACCUGCCAGACUAGUCAACUCCUCUUGCUCCUUGGAGAAGACACUGCAGUGCAGCUGUUCCUUCCACGGGAUCCCCACUCCCUCUGUGCAGUGGUGGAUGGGAGGUGCCCCCAUUAGAAUGAACGGCACUGAUGGCAGCCACCAGGUGACUUCCACCAUGCUUGGCCCCUGGGCCAACAGCACCAUCAGUCUAACUGAGGAGCCAAAAAUGGGCAUGAGGCUUCUCUGUGAAGGGAGGAACCAAAAUGGAACCCAUGCUUUGAGCAUCCUACUGAUGUCAAGAAAGAGUUCUUUGGUUUCCCAGGCCUUCCUUAAAGGGCUGAUCCAGGGUGUUGUCUAUGGAGCCAUCACAAUUGCACUGCUUUUCUUCUGCCUCCUCCCCCUCAUAGUGAAACAUAUCCGAAUGAAACAGGCAAAGAAAAUUGCUGCAAUCAAAGCAAACACCAGCCCUCAAGUCAGAGCAGGCCAAAAACCCAAGAUGUUUCUGAAGUCUGAGGAGCCAAGAAAAUCUAUAAUUGCCCCGUCUUCUGAGAGCUGGAUAUUGGAAAAGCAAGAUAAACAAGCCAAAGAAGACUGUGGAAACUACAUCACAAUGGAGUCCUCAUUCUCUCCGGAAUUAGAAAAGUCUACUAAAUUCGUAGAGCCCUCAGAAACCCUAGAGUCUAUAAUAAACCUGGAGCCCCCGGAGUCUCCUCAGCUUACAAAGCCUUCUCAGCAUCCACUCGUCUCUCACACUGGGUCUGCAUCCAAUGGGGGUCACUCUUAG